CACACACACACACACAGAGCUUCGCUCAUCCGGCCCCCUUUGCCAAUGCACCACCUCUCCUCGUCCAUGGAGGUCUAGGCGGGGAGCUCCGUGCGGGAGCAGCGAUGGACGGCACCAUCAAGGAGGCACUUUCCGUGGUGAGCGAGGACCAGUCCAUAUUCGACCCCUCCUACGGCCCUCCCCACCUCAUGAAGACAGAGGUGCCCCCUGCCGAGGAGUACAACGGCAAGGAGAGGCCGGCGCUGGGGGAGCCGGACUGGUCCAGUCAGACCAGCAGGGGGCACACUGUGAAGAGGGAGAAUGAGAAUGUCAACUGCUCCAGACAGUCCCCCGUGGACUGCAGUGUAUCCAGACGCAGCAAAUCCGGGAGCGACCCACACCCCAUCCCCUACUCAGCCAGCUACAGCGACCAGCGGAGCAGCCCCCCAGCCAACCCCCCCAGCGAGGAGAAGAGGGUUAUCGUCCCAGCGGACCCUGGCGUGUGGACCCAGGACCACGUGCGCCAGUGGCUGGACUGGGCGGUGAAGGAGUACGGGCUGGAGGAGGUGGACGUGGGCCUGUUCCAGCACGUGGAUGGCAAGGAGCUGUGCAAGAUGGGCAAGGAGGAUUUCCUGCGCCUCACCUCGCCCUACAACGCCGACGUGCUGCUGUCUCACCUGGCCUACCUGCGGCAGAGCAGCCCGACCUUCACCUACCCGGCUGCCCCGGCUGUGACCCCCCAGCCCCCCGCACCCCCACCACGCGUGCAAGUGAAAACAGAGUCUCCCUAUGAGGAAAUCAGGCGAAGCAGCUGGAGCGGCUCCCUCAGCGGAGGCCCCAAAGGGUCCCCCCCCCAGAUCCAGGGGGUGAAUCGGACGAGUGACUCCCCACGGAUUGUAACAGAUCCAUACCAGGUCCUGGGACCCACCAGCAGCCGCUUGGCAAACCCAGGCAGUGGCCAGAUCCAACUGUGGCAGUUCCUGCUGGAGCUGCUGUCGGACAGCAGCAACGCCGGGUGCAUCACGUGGGAGGGCACCAACGGAGAGUUCAAGAUGACGGACCCGGACGAGGUGGCGCGGCGCUGGGGCGAGCGCAAGAGCAAGCCCAACAUGAACUACGACAAGCUGAGCCGGGCCCUGCGCUACUACUACGACAAGAGCAUCAUGACCAAGGUGCACGGUAAACGUUACGCCUACAAGUUCGACUUCCAGGGCAUCAGCCAGGCCCAGCAGAACCACCCGGGCGAGGGGCCCCUCUACAAGUACCACCCGGCCGACAUGUCCUACCUGCCCUCCUACCACCAGCAGAAGGUGGGCUUCGGCCUCAGCCACGCCGCCCAGCUGCCCGUCUCCUCCGCCGGCUUCUUCGGGGCCCCCUCACCCUACUGGAACGCCGGCUCCGGGAACCUCUACCAGAGCUCGCCCGUGCCCCGGCCCACCGCCGGCCACCUGAACUCCUUCUACUAGCCACAGGGGGCGCCCGGCCUGCCGCCGGCCACCUGAACUCCUUCUACUAGCCACAGGGGGCGCCCGGCCUGCCGCCGGCCACCUGAACUCCUUCUACUAGCCACAGGGGGCGCCCGGCCUGCCGCCGGCCACCUGAACUCCUUCUACUAGCCACGGGGGGCGCCCGGCCCACCGCCGGCCACCUGAACUCCUUCUACUAGCCACGGGGGGUGCCCAGCCCGCCGCUGGCCACCUGAACGCCUUCUACUAGCCACUGAGGGUGCCCGACCUGCUGGUGGCCACCUGAACUCCUUCUACUAGCCAUGGGGGGUGCUUGGCCCGCCGCUGGCCACCUGAACUCCUUCUACUAGCCAUGGGGGGGCGCCUGGCCUGCCGGCGGCCACCUGAACUCCUUCUGCUAGCCAUGGGGGGUGCUUGGCCUGCCGGCGGCCACCUGAACUCCUUCUACUAGCCAUGGGGGGCGCCUGGCCCGCUGCUGGCCACCUGAACUCCUUCUGCUAGCCAUGGGGGGUGCUUGGCCCGCCGCUGGCCACCUGAACUCCUUCUACUAGCCAUGGGGGAUGCUUGGCCCGCUGCUGGCCACCUGAACUCCUUCUACUAGCCAUGGGGGGCGCCUGGCCUGCUGCUGGCCACCUGAACUCCUUCUACUAGCCAUGGGGGGCGCCUGGCCCGCUGCUGGCCACCUGAACUCCUUCUACUAGCCAUGGGGGGUGCUUGGCCUGCCGGCGGCCACCUAAACUCCUUCUGCUAGCCACAAGGGUACUCCAGCCUGCCAGCGGCCACCUGAACUCUGUCUGCUAGCUACGGGGAGGAAGGGGGUGCCAUGGCGCAUGGGGGCUCCCUAAAUGCCUACUAGCCACAGGUGGGGUCCCCCCAAACAUGGAUAGCCACGUGGGAUCCUUCUGCUGCCUGUCCCCAGCCCGGUUGCAGCCUCCCGCCCAACCAGUGCCUGGAAAGACCUCCCCCUUCCCUUUCCCGAUAGUGGGGUGCCCCCGACACCUGAGGGUUUUGGGGGGCCAGGGGCUCCCCACAGUGGCUGGACUCCUCCUGCUCUGGACUGGGCAGGGCCCUGGGGGACAGCCCGUAGGGUGCAGGGUUUUUUAAAUGAGGGAUUAACCUGCAGUUGUCCCUCCCAGCAGGCAGAACAUCCCCCGCCCCCAGUCCUGCCUUGAGCAGGUGCCUCCUCUCCCAGCGUGGCUCCCACAACAGGUGCUCGUUAAACACUGUGGGACGCCUGUUGGGGGGCAGGGCUGGCUGGCUGGCUGAGAACACCUUUUGGGUGAAGCGACUGGCUGUCGAGCGUGGACAUCUGUCAGGAGUGGAGGCUGGUUGUUGUCUUUGGUCACAGCAGGGGGAGCCCGUUGAGUGUGGAUGCCUGUUGUAACUGGCGCUAGCUGUUACCUCUAGACACUAGGGGGCACCUGUUGUGUGGGGGGUGCCUAUGGAGGGGUGGAAACCGGCUAUUGCCUCUGGAUAUACAGGGCUGGAUCAGGAAUCCCAGCCAGGUGCCUGCCCCAUUCAUCCCCUCAUCCCAACCUCCCCCCUGUAGGCAGGACCCAUGGUAGCAGCCCCCCACCCUGGGGGAACGGUGUGCGGAUACGCUGUAGCGCCGCUGCUCUGUGGGGGAUUGUAUCCGUGACACCCCACCCCCCAGCUCCAUGGGGCUGACAGCGACUGUAAUAUGCCUCCUCCCUCACCCCAUGUAUUAAAGGUUGUGUUGUUA